AUGGACCACCACGUAGCGGGCGAGACGACCCGGGAAGGUGUAGACCAACCUCCUUCCGUCCCCGAGCCUCGUCACCGAGAUAGGAGAGAGGCAGACCUAAACGCUCGAAUCCUUGAUUUGAUACAGCAGCUGCAUCAGACACAAUUGCCUAGUCUUAUGUCUCAGGCUAAAGUGCUUGGAGACCGGAAGUCUUUUAGUGAUCGUCUCAACGAAGUCUAUGGCCACCGAGAUGAGGAGGUCGAGGCUUACACCAAGCUCAGUCAGCUGCGAAUGAAUACGGGCAGGCAAGGCUACGGAUGCGGUCUUACCUCCACCCUCGUCAGGACGUUCCACCGUUCCCCACCCGACAGCAUCUGGGACUGGUAUCGUGAGACUCAGUCAAUCGAUCGAUCCCGGGUCCUCAUGGAACAGGCAGGGCACACGGGGGUCGACACUGUUCUUGAGUUUGUCGGCGCCAUCAAUGGUCAACCAACUCGGAUCCUGGCGGACACAGCCGCUUCACUGUCUUUACUCUCUUCUGUUUUCGAUGACAAGUCUCGUGUAAAAACCAAAAACAUAAAAAAAGGGUCGGUCCACGGUAUCACCGGCCACAGUAUGUCGUUCAGUCAAGAAGCUGUGAUGAGGACAAGGGAAUCGUACGAUGCGAACAAGCUCCCUGCACCAUACCAGAAUUUCAAGGCAGUUCUCAGUGAAAUCGAGGCAAACAGGUUGCCACCGCGCGGCGAAACCGACCUGGAAAUCGAGCUUGUCCCAGAAAGUAAGCCUCGUCAAGGGUCACUAUUCCUCAAAGGGCCCAAAGAGAUGGAAGAGCUUCGUAAGUACCUCGACGAGAACCUAGACAAGGGGCUCAUCCGCCCGUCGAAAAGCCCAGCGCGAUCGCCAGGAUUGUUCGUGCCAAAGAAGGACGGCGGCCUUCGGCUUUGUGUCGACUAUCGGAGUCUCAAUGAGAUUUACACCAAACUAGACCUCAAAGCUGCUUACAACCUGGUACGAGUCGCUGAAGGCGACGAGUGGAAGACUGCGUUUGGGACGCAACUCGGUCUGUACGAGUAUCUGAUUAUACCGUUUGGGUUUGCGAAUGCCCCACCGCAUUUCCGAUCAUUGGUCAACAGCAUCUUGCGCGACAUCAUUGGGGUGUACGUAGUUGUCUAUUUGGAUGAUCUCUUAAUUUUCUCCAACACAACGCUGAAACACAGCAUGGUCGUGAGGUACUCAGCCGGCUACGACGCCCUGAGCAAUCGUGAAAAUCACACUCGAGACUCCCAGCGGCUUUUGCUUACCAAGGCAUGCGAUCACAGAGUCAGAGACAGGCGAGACUUUGACUUGGACCUUGGUCACGAUGUCGAUGGGCUGUUCUGA